AUGAAGGGCUUCAGACAGAGAGUGCAUGAGCAGUUGUCGAGGGCAAAAGAUGCAAACAAGUCCUCGAAGAAGAAAGAUUCCAACUCGUCGUCCCAGAACCAGGCCAACCUCGGAAUCCACCAAGGCCAACAAUCCGCGUCGCCUAACCAAGGUACCCCGACUUCGUCGACUACAUCGGUAAAUGAUGCAAGAAAGUCGCCGGACAAUGCGGCGCAGGCGGGAGUGUACCCCCCGGGCGCUGGUCCGCAUUAUAUCCCGCAGGGAGCAGGCAUGGCUGGUCAGCCUGUGAAUAACGGUCCAGGAACCCCGACUAAACAGGGAGGGGCCCCCAGUGUGGUGAUCAGCCCGAGCGCACCGCAUGUUCCCCCUCCCGGCGCCGCUGAGACAAUGCCCGGAGACCUGGCUCCACCAAGGAAAUCCCAUGUUUUCGAUCGUCUUCAAACCACGCCAAAGGAUAUGUCAGAGGGGAUCCGAACUCCAAAGCGUCAGCACUCUUCGCGAUUCGACAUCUCCGACCAGCGCCAGAGGGAGCUCGAGAAGCUCCCGGGCUUCCAUGAAGUACCGCCUAACCGGCGCCAGGAGCUUUUCAUGCAGAAGAUCGACCAGUGCAACAUUAUUUUCGACUUCAACGAUCCCACCGCUGACAUGAAGUCCAAGGAGAUCAAGAGACUGGCACUCCACGAGCUCCUGGACUACGUCGCCAAUAAUCGUUCAGUCAUUACCGAACCUAUGUACCCCCGUGUCGUCGAGAUGUUCGCCAAGAACCUUUUCCGUCCCAUCCCGCCUCCUGUCACCCCCCAAGGCGAGGCAUUUGAUCCUGAAGAGGACGAGCCGGUGUUGGAAGUGGCCUGGCCCCAUAUCCAGGUUGUCUAUGAAUUCUUCUUGAGAUUUAUAGAAAGCCAAGACUUCAACACCAACAUCGCCAAGGCCUAUAUCGAUCACCACUUUGUUCUCCAGCUGUUGGAGUUGUUCGACUCCGAAGACCCUCGGGAACGCGAUUUCCUCAAGACUACCCUUCACCGGAUCUACGGAAAGUUCUUGAAUUUGCGGUCAUAUAUUCGCCGAUCUAUUAAUAAUGUUUUCUUCCAAUUCGUCUACGAGACAGAGCGAUUCAAUGGAAUCGCAGAGCUGUUGGAGAUUUUGGGAUCGAUCAUUAAUGGUUUCGCAUUGCCUCUCAAGGAGGAGCAUAAACUUUUCUUGACCAGAGUAUUGAUUCCUCUGCACAAAGUAAAGAGUCUCAGCAUGUAUCACCCGCAACUGGCCUAUUGUAUCGUUCAAUUCCUCGAAAAGGACUCCACUUUGACUGAAGAUGUCGUUUGUGGAUUACUGCGCUACUGGCCCAAGGUGAAUAGCACUAAAGAGGUCAUGUAUUUGAAUGAAGUGGAGGAUAUCUUCGAGGUUAUGGAUCCUGCCGAAUUCGCAAAGGUUCAAGAACCGUUGUUCAACCAGCUGGCCAAAUCCGUUGCCAGCCCUCAUUUCCAGGUCGCUGAACGUGCCCUCUAUUUCUGGAACAACGAGUAUUUCUGUAACUUGGUUAGCGACAAUGUGGAAACAAUCCUACCAAUUAUGUUUACACCAUUAUAUGAGAACUCUAAAGGCCACUGGAAUAGGACAAUCCAUAGCAUGGUCUACAAUGCCAUGAAAAUGUUCAUGGAGAUCAACCCCCAGCUCUUCGAUGAAUGUUCCCAUGAAUAUAAUGAACGACAGAAUAGCGCAGAGGAGCGGGAACAGGCUCGACAAGACCGGUGGACCAAGCUCGCCGAGCAGGCUAAGGAUAGGAGAAACGGGGUUCCGGCUCCUGCACCACCCGCUGCAGAUGUUUCAGACGACGUCGAUGCCCUCACACAAGACAACCAGAACCGCCUUAAUGCUCUCAAGCUGGAGGAUGAGUCGCGCUCACCCAAGGAGCGAUUGCCAACUUCGCGUGAUUCUAACGUUGAAACGUCCGUUUGCUCCAGAGACGUCGCCGCGGCUCCAUUGAUGGUCCUCGAAGGCGACGAAGUGGUAGCGGUAGCGAGAUUCGACCACGACGUCGGUCGGGCUCAGGUGUGA